AAGGACAAAACAGAAAGUCUGCUCGCUUCGCUCGUUCUUGCGCCUUCCUUCCUUCAAAAGCAAAAGCACUUGUCUCGCCUCCUUCGUCUGCUGUUGUUUAUUUACGCCUUCGCGAUUACUUCAACAAGUUCGAUAAAAUCUAAAUUCAUCAGCCUAGAAGCAGGUGAAGGUUAGCAACAUUUACAAUACAGAUAUAACACUAUAAUCUAAUUGGAACCUUGGAUAAUCAUUGAACUAAGUUGUUAUUUCUAAAAGUGUCGUUUCUGUGAAAGUUCGAUCCAACAAGAUAAAAGCGCGAUGGCAGAUAAAAUAGAAGAGAAGGUAGUUAUGACACCAAAAUGUAAGACAGCGACGUCUACGACACUAGUGGUGGAAAGGAAGGCAGUAGAACCAGAAGCGAGUGAUAAAAUACAUGUAGCUGGUGGAGAUCACACUGGCAUCAUCAUCAACAAAGAAGAAGUCUAUGAAAACGGCGUAACAGAACCAUGUCACGCACAGUUGGAAUUCCGAGUGUACCUGGUAUCCGCAGCCAACGGGUCACACACAAGGGAAGCAAGGGCGCUGAAGUUCUGGUUCAAGCCGCAAAUGCCGCCGAGCGAGCGCCCGCACGAAGCGCAGACAUUCUUCAGGGAACUCGUCAGUCCACAAGAUUUUCCAAAAGAUUAUGUGGGCUUUAUAAAAAAGAUAAUCAAACUAAUGCAACACAAGUAUGACCAGUUGAAACUGCUCGAAAUAGAACUGAGACAAGAAGGGCGUGGGUCGCCACCUCCAGAAGCAAAUGGUGUAAUAUCCAGUAAGGCAAUAAUAUACGACUAUCGUAAUGGGUCCUUUAUGGACGAAAGUGUUGCCAACCAAACGCCAGUAAUAUCGGAACAGAGGGUAUUAGACAUGAUUGAAAAUGCUUACCCUAAUCCUUUGACUAUGGAAGAUUUUGUCACUGCUGGAAAAUGGUCGAAAGCGGAAGUAAAAGAUGCCCUGGAGUCCUUAGAAGAGAAAGGAUUGACGCGUGCCAUGUCCGAAGGGCUUUACAUUCGACAGCAUAGCGUGGAUACACAGGUGGUGAAACAAAUGCCGACGCUAUGUUCAUCCCGUCAGCCGACCAUUGCCAUUAUCACCGCGCUGUACUGUGAGAAGCAGGCAGUGGACGCCAUGAUGGAUAACCAGGAAACCUACGUGCGGUACACAACUGUUGGAGAAUCGAACGUGUACUCUUUGGGUACUAUUGGCGCUCACCGAGUAGUGACCACCAAACUGCCUUCCGUGGGCAGGACGCGCGAGGCGAUGACGGCUGCUGGCAACACCACCACCAGAUUACUCGGCAUCUUCCAGAAGGUGGAGUACGUGUUUCUGGUGGGGGUGGGCGGCGGCGUGCCGCACUACACAGACUACUCGAGGCACGUGCGGCUCGGUGAUGUCGUCGUCUCCACUCCUGCGCCGGACUUGCCCGAUAAAUACGUGUAUGUAUUCUGCGAAAAGGCUGAACGGAAUGCCAAAGGAGGUUGGGACUAUGAAGUAAAGCCAUAUAAGCCAUCAAACUUCCUUCUACAAGACAUCGCAACUCGCCUCGCCAAAUCUCAAGCCCCUUGGGAUUAUUACGUUAGUGAAGGGCUGGAGCGCCUACAAAGCGUGCCGGGCCGCUGGGAGGCGCCAGAGGGCGUCACGGACAAGCUUUGUAUGGACAUCGGCGAGGGCGCCUACAUUGAAGUGUCGCAUCCCGCGCCUCAGGGCGAUCAAACCGACAACCAAUCGGGCAAGUUGCGCGUGCACUGCGCGCCGGUGGCGGGCGGGCGCGCGGUGGCGAGCGCGGGCGCGGGCGCGGGGGAGGCGCGCGCCGCGUUCGCCGCGCGCGCGCGCGCUCGCGCCUACGACUGCGAGCUGGACGCCGUGCUCGACAGCGUCGUCGGCAACAGGAAGGACUGCUUCGUUUCUAUUAGAGGUAUUGCCGACUACCGCGACGGUACCCGCGGCAAGGAGUGGCAACCGCACGCGGCUUUAGUCGCCGCAGCUGUUAUGAAGGCUAUCGUCGCCGCCAUGGACCCGCCUACUGAUUAAACAUCGUUAUAGCCAUAUGCGGUAUUCACCAUAUUUACUAAAUGAAUUACAAAAUGCAGUAAAAAUAUUCGCCGUGAAAAA